AUCUAUUCCGACGUAUCGGAAUGGCUAAAAGUUCGAUGUCUCAGCUACAGAAGAUCUGGAAGAAUAGAGGGAUAGGCCUGAAAACUAAAACCAGACUGGUGCGGACUCUUGUUUUCUCUAUCUUCUUGUAUGGAGCUGCGACAUGGACGUUGAAAGCAGCAGACCGAAUGCGCAUCGAUGCUUUCGAAAUGUGGUGCUGGAGACGCAUGCUAAGAAUUCCGUGGACAGCCUUCCGGACUAACGUGUCGAUAUUGAAGCAACUGGGCAUCAAAAUCAGACUGUCUACUGUAUGUCUGAAGCGGAUCCUCGAAUAUUUUGGUUACAUUGCGAGGAAAGACGGCGAUAACCUGGAAAAACUUAUGAUCACAGGGAAAGUUGAAGGCAACAGAUCUAGAGGCCGCAGCCAGACUCGUUGGUCCGAUCAGAUCCGCACCGCUUUGGACAGUACAGUGUACAGCACGCUGCAUGACGCCGUGGACAGGGGACAGUGGAAAAAAAUCCUAAGAUUGAAGCUCAUGGUGAUGGUGGUCACGACCCUCAGACAUGAGGAACACGACUCGAGGAGGAGGAGGAGGCUAUAUGCCGUGGCCUUCGUGUUUGUCAAACGAACCGUUGCUCUAUGAAAAGCGAUCACCAUCGCGAACGUACCUGGUGAAUAAGGCCGCGAAGAACCAAACGAGUCCGCAUAUGAGGGUGGCCCUGGUCUUCGUGCACACGUAACCAGCUCUCAGCGGCUCGCAGAUCGCGUAGUACCUCUCGAAGCUGAUGGCCAGUAUCGUCAGUACUGAAGCGUGGGUGACGGUCAAUUCCACGAACGGCACCGCGAGACCUGGUUGAGAAAAAGGGUUUAUUUUUAUUUUAUGUAUACUUCUAUACUUAAUAUUAUAAAGAGGAAAGAUUUGUUUGUUUGUAUUGAAUAGGUUCCGAAAGUACUGAACCGAUUUAAAAAAAGAAAGGUGAAUGUAUAUUGGUGAAUCGAAAUAUAUAUAGAUGAAUCGAUUUUGAUGAUUCUUUUUUUAUUAGAAAGCUGACGCUUUCCGUGUCGUCUCAUUUCAAUGUAGUCCAGUUCUGAUAAUGGUAUCCAUGAGAUAACCAUAUAAGCCUUAAAUUUGCAUUAAGUACGUGCGCGAGAGGGCUGGUGGUCGUGGCGCCGACGAUCGCUGGUCCGGCGUUCCGAGGGGGGGGGGGGUUGGGAGAGAUGUGCUCCGCACUAAACGCUUCACUUUCCCCCCUUUGCCUUUUCAUGGGUUCUGUGUCAUGCGAGGUUCGGACGCGGGUUGUUGAGCGAGGGCGGAAGUCCGGCGAUUUCCACCUGACAAAAAAAAAAAAAGUACGUGCGCGACAAUUAAAUAAAUAACUCAAUAACUUUAAUAUCACGCCAACCGAUUUUGUUGAGUAUUGUUUUUAGUGUACAUCAUUUGUUUGG